AUGAAGAAGAAACUUGAAGAGGCUAAGGGACUAUGGCUGGAAAUACUUACAGAAGAGUUAUGGGCACACAAAACUACCAUGAAGACGAGUAGAGGAGAGACACCUUACUUCCUCGUCUACAUAACAGAAGCAGUCAUACAAUUCGAAGUCGGAGAACUCAGCCUAAGGUACUCCCAUGAAAGCGACACCAGCAAUGACGAGAAUAAGAGACAAGAUCUCGACGAGAUUGAGGAGCGAUGGGAUACGAUGUACAUAAGGAUGGGUGCACAGAAACAACAAACAGAACGCUACUACAACAAAAAGCAAAGGUUCGAUUACUCAAGGUUGGAGACUACAUGCUCAAAGACGAAACCCAGGCAAACAGGGAUCCACGAGAAUGCAGAUUGGGAACGAACUAGAACAGAUCGUACAAGAUCAUAG